GCUUCCUGUGCUCUCUCCCUUCCACGACGGGGACACGCAACCAGAGAGAGAGAGAGAGGGAGAGAGAGAGAAAGAAAGAAAUGCAGAGACCGCGGAGACGAUGCGAGGGAACGGCCAUGGGCGCCAUCGUCCUCGAUCUCCGCCCGGGCGGUGGGAUUGGUCCCUUCAAUCUCGGGAUGCCAAUAUGUGAAGCUUUCUCUCAGAUCGAGCAACAACCCAACAUUUACGACGUGGUUCAUGUGAAAUACUUUGACGAGGAACCACUGAAGUUGGAUAUAGUUGUGAGCCUUCCUGAUCAUGGAUUUCAUCUUCGCUUUGAUCCAUGGUCACAGAGAUUGCGACUCAUUGAAGUUUUUGAUGUCAAGCGGCUUCAAAUGCGUUACGCAACUUCUUUGAUUGGAGGCCCUUCAACUCUUGCUACAUUUGUUGCUGUAUAUGCUCUAUUUGGACCAACUUUUCCCGGAAUAUACGAUAAAGAUAGGGGCAUUUACACCCUAUUUUAUCCGGGAUUGUCAUUUGCAUUUCCAAUACCAUCUCAGUAUACUGAUUGCUGUCAUGAUGGAGAAGCGGAACUGCCCUUAGAGUUUCCAGAUGGGACUACUCCAGUUGCCUGCCGUGUCUCUGUAUAUGAUGGUUCGGCUGACAGCAAGGUUGGUGUCGGGUUGCUUAUGGAUAAAGCAUCGGUACCUCCAUUGCCUACUGGGAGCCUGUACAUGGAAGAGGUUCAUGCUAAGCUUGGAGAUGAGCUGUGGUUUACUGUUGGAGGUCAGCAUAUUCCUUUUGCUGCAUCACCUCAGGAUGUUUGGAGUGAACUCGGCCGUCCUUGUGGUAUACAUCAGAAGCAAGUAGACCAGAUGGUGAUUCACUCUUCUUCAGAUCCUCACCCAAGGACGACUCUGUGUGGAGAUUAUUUCUAUAACUAUUUCACUCGUGGAUUGGAUAUACUGUUUGAUGGCCAGACACAUAAAAUAAAAAAAUUUGUUCUGCACACCAAUUAUCCAGGUCACCCAGAUUUUAAUUCGUACAUUAAGUGCAAUUUUGCCAUUUAUGGUCCAGAAAGUGGCGAACCAAUAAAAGAAGGUGAAUCUCCUAAAAAUUGCAUUACACCGAAUACAAAGUGGGAACAAGUAAAGGAGAUUCUUGGUGAUUGUGGGCGAGCUGCAAUUCAAACACAAGGUUCAGCAAGCAAUCCAUUUGGAUCAACAUUAGUGUAUGGAUAUCCUAAUAUAGCUUUCGAGGUGAUGAAGAAUGGCUACAUAGCUACUGUUACCCUUUUUCAGUCCUAACUAUUGCCUGUUUGGAACAUAAUGUACAGAAGAAUUUAUCGUUGCCCAGCUAUAACUUGAAGGCGGAAGAUGAACGGGAUGUGAGAACCUGCAUACUGUUGCCUCGUGUUGGUGAAAGACUAAAGUGAUUUGACUUGUAGAGAACAUAUUCAAGUCAUGUUCCCUAAGCAAUGGAACCAAGCUUCCUUCACCUACUGGUGAGCUGGAGACAACGCAUGUACAGAUGGGUACUCUGUAAAGAUUUUUCAUAAUGCCUUAAGUCAAAAUCCAUGUAGUCAAGUUGCAUUUUACUGUAAAUUCUGAUUGACAACAAUGUAAAGCGAUCAAAUAUAGGAAAUAUCUGUUGUCAUAUA